UUUCACUGUCCUAAAUUCUUCCAAUAAUACUCUCCAACUUAAAUUAUAUCUAUUUUAAAAAUUCAAUUAAGACAACCAAUGAGACCACGCCAGCUGUCGUUGGCAAAUCGUUGUCAAAUUCCAGUUGUGAAAGAAACAUUUUACUAAAGUUAUAUAAGGCAUUAUGUAAAAGUGCCUGACAGAAAUAUUUCUGCAAUAAUGUGGUGGGAUUAAGCUUACGUAAGAGGCAACAGUGUUUGAUGACACUGAAUAAUGGAAUAUUGCUAUUAUAAAAGGCGACUUGUUAUGCCCUAGUUUCUUCACCACUAUCCACAUUCCUCAUAACUUCAUUAAAAAUGUAUCCCAAAAACAUCCUAGUCUUACUGCUACCAUUUCUUUUGGUUGCAAGCUCCCUUGCAAUUCUCCCAUCCUCUUCACCAGAAAACAGUGAUAGUACACCACACUCACAUCCCAAACCACCAGAUCAUAAUAAACCAUCACCACCACAUAUUGAAAACGGCCAUCAUGAUAAACCACCACCACACACGGAAGAUGCAUCAGAUGACGGUAUACCACCACAUCAUGGUAAACCACCACAUGGUAAACCACCAUCACACAUGGAAGAUGCAUCAUAUAUCAGUAAACCACCACAUCAUGGUAAACCACCACAUCAUGGUAAACCACCACAUCAUGGUAAACCACCACCACAUGGUGAUAAACCACAAUACAUGGAAAAUACAUCAUACGACGAUAAAUUAACACAUCCUGAUAGCAUACCAAUUCGUCAUGAACCACCACAUCAUGAUAAGCCACCGCCCAUGGAAACCACAGAGGAGUUGCCACCGAAGGAGCAACAAGGCACAAAAAUUCCACAUCCGAGGCCUGGACAUGGUGGUCAUAACGUGGAAUCAACCAACUUUCGACCAAUUGAUCCACCAGGUUCCGAUUAGCCAAAAGUUUCAAAUUGCAUCAAAGCUUUAAGGAUGCUCUACAAUAAUUGCAAUUUGAAACCUAAAUUGGAUAGUGUUUGCUACUUUAAUGUAUAAGUACUAGUGUCGAUGCUGUGAGCAUGUCAUUAAAUAAAAAAUGGGAGUUUGUACUAAUGUAAUAUAACCAUGUGAGAUAUCACUCUCCCGUGCGUGCUUUUUAAAAUUUUCACCUUGUGUAUACACGUAAAGCUUGAUAGAUUCACCGUGUUUGCCUCUGUUUUAU